UUAUUGUUAGCAGCGGUUGGAUCAUGGCUAGGCACCGGCGUCGGUCUGCAUUCAUUCACAUAAAGUGUCUUGGGGCCUAUUUUUCACUGAGUGCUUUACGUUAGCUGUCGUAAAGAGGACGCCGGUAGUGUUAUACAGAGUUGCAGUUGCAGAUAAAACCACAGCUCGUCGUUCACGACAGGGAGGAAAAUCGGCGCCGCUUCAAAUGAAACUGGAUUUUUGCUGCAAACAUUUGGCGGAAAAGACAUCCCCAAAGAAGAAGCUAACCGCACUUUAGCUUUACAUAAGCCAAGUUGUUACGUGAGAACUUUGUGGGGGAAGCUGUGGAUAAAAGGCGUGUGGUUUUCACCCAGUGCUUCUGUUCAAAGUCCCACGGAUAAGACUGUGAUAAAGUAAAAAAGAAAGAUGCUUUAUGCAACAGCAAAAGUCUGCUAACAAAACGUUAGCAGGUAGUACUCGUUAUUUACCGUGACUCACUGGCGGUAGAUGAAUGUAACGCUGUGAAACGUCGGGUGUUGUCUCACUGCUGCUGCCGCCGCCCCUUCAUCCAAACCCCGGCGAUGACACUUCACUGUCCUGGCUGAAAGAAAAACACCAGGUUGAACUGCCUUCCCUCACUUCUGUGGAGAAAGAGAAAGAGACUUUUGGAUGAUAAAGACGUGAAAGUCCAAGUCCGCCGAAUAAUGGGAUCUCUGAGGGCUCUCCAAGAGUGGUGUCGACUUCAGUGUGAACAUUACGACGAUGUGGAAAUAAAGGACAUGUCAACGUCCUUUAGAGACGGACUGGCGUUUUGUGCCAUAAUCCAUCGCUACAGACCAGACUUGAUAGACCUUGGUUCACUGUCCAAAGAAAAUGUCUACGAGAACAACCGACUGGCGUUUGAAGUGGCUGAGACGCAGCUGGGAAUUCCUGCUCUGUUGGACCCAGAAGACAUGGUGUCCAUGAAAGUUCCUGACCGUCUCAGCAUCAUUACCUAUGUCUCCCAGUAUUACAACUUCUUCAACAACAAGUCUCAAGCAAACCCUCCCUGCAUGAAGAGACCAAGUCCUGUAGGUCACACAGAGCCGGCUCAGAAGAGACCUCUGACUCCGUUAGGAGACAGAGAGGCGGAGUCUGAGCCGAGCCAGGUGGCACAGACAGGUGGAGGUGAGGCCAAGCGCAGCGCCAUCAGCAGCACCUGCGCUGCCUGCCAGAAACACGUUCAUCUGGUGCAGAGGUUCCUGGUGGAUGGGAAGCUCUACCAUCGAAACUGCUUCAGGUGCUCACAGUGCCACAGCACUCUGCUUCCUGGAUCCUACAGAUUGGGACACGACACUGGAACUUUUGUCUGUUCACAUCACCUGGCAAGGCAGGCUCUAGCCAAUCAGAAUGGUCGACCAGACCUCAGUAAGAAACCCGAGGUGGUUCAUUCUGCCCGGCUCGACCGCAGUCCUGAUCCUCACUCCUCCUCCUCCGUCAGUGUCCAGGGUGAAGCUCUGUCCUCGGGUGAUCAAACAAAGACUACUGACGUGCUGAGCAGGGACUCCUCCACUGUCAGUCCUGUUAUAACAAACAGCACAGACACAACAGAACAAUCAAAAGAGUUGGACCAAAGUGGACCCGUGGAGGAGACACCAUGUUCAUCUUCUCCACCCAACCCUUUUGACGACAGUGAUGAAGAGGACGAAGAAGAAGAAGAAGGAGGAGAGGGAGGAAAAGAGGAUGAAACCCAGACACCAGCAAAACCUACAACCAAUGAGGACCACCCUUCUACACCUGUCAGUCAAACUGAAGACACCAGUCGACCAGUGCCAGCACCACGCAGGGUUUCUGAGCCUACUCCUCCUCCGCGGCCUGCCCCCAGGUUUCGGCUACAUCGUGGAGCAGACGGUGUUGUUAGUGGGGAAAACCUGAAGCCUCCAACUCCUCCCAAACCUCGGGAAAGAUCCCACUCUCCAGGAAGCCUGUCCGGUGGCACCCCUAAACCCAAAGACCCACCCUGGCUUGCCCUGGUCCAGUCAGAAUCCAAGAAGAAGAAAGCCCCUGCCCCUCCCCCUCCUGGCUUAGCCACACCCAACGCAGGCUCUCUGUCCUCUCUCAAAGGAGACGGCUCCAGACCCAGCACGCCACCUCCACCCUCGAACCCCUUUGAGGAUGACGAUGAUGAAACUUGUGAAGUGGAGGAGGAGGAGGCGGGUGAAGGUGGUGAGACGAUCACGGCCACUCACCCAUGGUACAGCAUCACCAGGGCAACUGAAACUUCAGGGGCCGACACUCCCACGAGUGGAGGAAGUUCAUCCCGCUCUGCCAGUCCAGGAAGUACAAGGAGCAAGAAGCGUCCAGCGCCGCGGGCACCGUUGCCUCCUGCUGGCUGCCAAGUCCUGCCUCACUCUGUGCCCUCCUCUUGCUCUCCUUCUCCAGCUCUCAGUAUAGAGAGUCUGUCCUCAGGCUCAGACCACAGCUCCUCCCACCCUCCUCAUGGUGGCAGUACUGGCAGCGAGCAGGAACACAUCUUUACCAAAAGUGUCUCGGAGCCUUCCAUCAGUUCACCAGGUGACUCCACAGCCUUACCGCCCUCUUCCUCAAACGAGCACCUUCUUCAUCCACCACUCAGCCCGCCUUCCGUGCCCUCCAGUGCCAGCUCAGCUCCCGCCACCCCACAGACCAGCCGCAGCUCAGGAACCAAAGGGACAGCGACUCCUUCACCGCGACCCCAGACCAGUCCCAGCCCAUUGGCCGUGGCAGCAGCGCAGUCACACAACAAGAGAAUCUGUAAAGAAAACCCAUUCAACAGGAAAGCAUCUCCAUCACCGUCCAAAUCUAAAACCAAACCACCGAAAGGUUCACGUCCUGCUCGACCUCCAGCUCCUGGUCAUGGAUUUCCACUCAUUAAACGCAAGGUGCAGUCGGACCAGUUCAUCCCUGUGGAGGACAUCCACGGAGAGAUGAGUCAGCUGGAGAAACAGCUGGAUGACAUGGAGCAGAGGGGAGUGGAACUGGAGAAGAAGCUGAGGGACUGCCCCAACGAUGAAGACGAAGAGCAUCUGCUGGUGGACUGGUUCACUCUCAUCCACGAGAAACAUCUUCUGGUUCGACGGGAAGCAGAGCUGGUCUACACAGCCAAACAGCAGAACCUGGAGGAGAGACAGGCUGAUGUAGAGUAUGAGCUAAGGUGUCUCCUCAACAAACCAGAGAAAGACUGGACUGAGGAGGACAAGAACCGAGAGCAGGAGCUGAUGGCUGAACUGGUGACCAUCAUAGAGCAGCGGAACCAAAUCGUUAACAACAUGGACCAGGACAGACAGAGGGAAGAAGAGGAGGAUAAACUCAUGGAGGCCAUGCUGAAGAAGAAAGAUUUCCAUAAGGAUCCAGACAGCAGUGAACAGCACAGGAAGAAAGGGGCAAAAUUUAAACCAAUUAAAGUUCUGAAGAGGUUAAGUCACAAAGGAGAACCGGGUCACAGCCGCAGCUCCAGCAGGGAGAAAAGCUGAAGGAGGCGCUCACACGCCUCACUCCUCCCAGAAGACUUCAGACUAUUUUACCCAGACUGAGCACAUUUGACAUGAAAGAGUGGAAGGAAGGCCUUGGGGUCACUGCGGUGACGCGACCUCUAACUGUGUGGUUUCGGUUGAUGGUUCCACGUCUAACCCAGACUUGACUUCCUGGUCUCGUCUUACUUGUUUCUUCUUUUCAGGACAGUUGAAGUUCUUUAGGAGUCGACAGCUCGUUGACCUCUGAAGCCAGUGAGACACGGUUUUAGCCUCUUUAUUGCACGGUGACGCUGCCCUCUAUGUGACGAUCAAGGUUCAACCACAGUGGAAUUGAACUCUAGCCUUAAUUGAAGUAUUUUUAAUGCAGAUCCGCCAACAUUUUUUUUUUUUUUAAAUUAUCAUCCUGCAGCAAGGACUCGCAGCCCAGGAGACGGAGGUCUGAGCUGCAGUUUUAUUAUUUAUCCUUCAUGAAUGUGUUGUUGCCUUCAUGUUAUUGUGCUAAUUUAUCUAAAACUUCAAA